AAAGCUUCGGAGGGAAUGGCCCAGAAAAUGUCGUCCCAAACACCGGCGAGACAUGAGCACGCGGACACGAUGGGGGUCGGCAAGGCCAUUGCCGUCUUGACGUCCGGAGGAGAUGCCCAGGGCAUGAACGCUGCUGUCCGGGCAGUGGUCCGAGUGGGGAUAUACACUGGUGCCAAAGUCUACUUUGUUCAUGAGGGUUACCAAGGACUUGUGGAUGGUGGCGACAACAUUAAGGAAGCAACAUGGGAAAGUGUGUCUAUGAUGCUGCAGCUGGGUGGCACGGUGAUUGGGAGUGCCCGGUGCAUGGAUUUCCGUGUGCGGGAAGGACGCCUGAAAGCUGCUCGCAACCUGGUCAAGAGAGGAAUCACCAACUUGUGUGUGAUUGGGGGUGAUGGCAGCUUAACUGGAGCAGACACUUUCCGAGCAGAAUGGAGCGGUUUGCUACAGGACCUAGUUAAGACAGGUGGCAUCACAGCAGAAGAGGCAAAGAGGUCUAGCCACCUGAACAUUGUAGGCAUGGUUGGCUCCAUUGACAAUGACUUCUGCGGUACCGACAUGACCAUUGGCACAGACUCAGCUCUCCACCGAAUCAUGGAGAUUGUGGACGCCAUCACUACCACUGCCCAAAGCCACCAGAGGACAUUUGUGCUGGAGGUGAUGGGUCGUCACUGCGGUUAUCUUGCUCUUAUAACAGCCUUGGCCAGUGGUGCAGACUGGGUUUUCAUUCCUGAAUCUCCACCAGAAGAUAACUGGGAAGAUCACUUGUGCAGGAGGCUGACAGAGACUAGAACUCGAGGCUCCCGGUUGAACAUCAUUAUUGUGGCUGAAGGAGCAAUAGAUAAGCACGGCAAGCCCAUCACCUCGGAGGACAUCAAAACUCUGGUUGUGAAACGCCUGGGCUAUGACACAAGAGUCACCAUCUUGGGCCAUGUGCAACGUGGUGGGACCCCCUCUGCCUUUGACCGUAUUCUGACAAAAGAUGUUACGACAGCCAUGAAUGAAGGACGGUUUGACGAAGCUCUUAAACUGAGGGGAAGGAGUUUCCAGAACAACUGGAAUGUCUACAAGAUCCUGGCCCACGUGCGCCCACCCACUGCAAAGAGUGGCUACAAUUUGGCAGUGAUGAACGUGGGCGCACCGGCAGCUGGCAUGAAUGCAGCAGUGAGGUCAACCGUCAGAAUUGGUUUGAUCCAUGGCCACAGGAUGCUGGCUGUUCAUGAUGGGUUCGAAGGCCUUGCUGAAGGAAAGGUUGAAGAAAUUGGAUGGUCAGGAGUUGGUGGCUGGACUGGAAAAGGUGGAUCAUGUCUUGGAACCAAAAGGACUCUGCCCAAGAAAUACUUUGAGGAGAUCAGCCAAACCAUUGCCAGUUUCAACAUUCAUGGCCUGAUAAUUAUUGGUGGCUUUGAGGCUUUCACUGGCAGCCUGGAGAUGGUCGAGGGCCGAGCCAAAUUCGAAGAGCUCUGUAUCCCAAUCUGCGUGAUCCCUGCCACUGUCUCCAAUAACGUCCCUGGCUCUGACUUCAGCAUCGGGGCAGACACAGCCCUCAACACUAUCACGACGACCUGUGACCGUAUCAAGCAGUCUGCCGCUGGCACCAAGAGACGGGUUUUCAUCAUUGAGACCAUGGGAGGCUACUGUGGCUACUUGGCUACCAUGGCAGGCUUGUCUGCCGGAGCAGAUGCAGCCUACAUUUACGAAGACCCUUUCACCAUCCAUGAUUUAGAGAUGAAUGUCCACCAUCUGACUGAGAAGAUGAAGACCACAGUGAAGAGAGGUCUUAUACUGAGAAAUGAAAAAUGCAAUGAGAACUAUACCACUGAUUUUAUAUACAAUCUGUAUUCCGAGGAAGGAAAAGGCAUCUUUGACACCAGAAAGAAUGUUUUGGGACACAUGCAGCAGGGUGGGACGCCAACUCCGUUUGACAGAAACUUUGGGACAAAAAUGGGCGCGAAAUCAGUGGCGUGGAUAACUGGCAAGAUCAAAGAAUGCACCAGACAUGGUCGUAUCUUUGCCAACACUGCUGAUUCAGCUUGCCUCCUGGGCAUGCGCAGAAGGGCCCUCGUAUUCCAGCCUCUUGCUGAACUUAAGGAAGAGACAGAUUUUGAGCAUCGCAUCCCCAAGUCGCAGUGGUGGCUGAAGCUUCGUCCCAUCUUGAAGGUCCUGGCCAAGUACAAGAUCGACUUGGAUACCUCGGAGAAAGCCCACUUAGAGCACAUUACUCGUAAGAGAGUAUCGGGAGAAGGUGCCCUGUGAACAACUCGCAAAGCCGCUGCAUCUCUCCUUUGGAGUUAUGAUACUUAUGGAGACCUCUAAAAUAAAAUUCUAAAUUUUCAAUUCC